UUCUUCAAAUAUUAUAAACCAUCAACUAAGCCAAAAUGUCGUUUGGAUCUCAGACCAGAUCUUCGUCCUUCCCCCACUGCACCGCCCCCUACCUUGCUGGGAGCGAGUCCCCUCAUCUCUCUUAUUUGUCUCUCCGCCUUCGACCUAACCGCCACCGUAGCCAUCUUCUCCGGACAAGCACUACAGUGGGUCAGCUUCUUUCCAUGCAAAAGUCUCAGAAUGUAUUCACAAAUCAUUGGCAACACUUUGUGCAAGAAAAAUUCUGAAAUUAUUUUUUCUCUAUCUUGCUUCUGCCACCAUGGAUCUCAGUUUGUUCCAUCACAGUAUCGAUCAAUAUUCUCAACAGCGCAGCUACAAAGUUCAUGGGUGAACAAGAUCAAAGGAGUCUUCACUGGCCAAAAGAGCUCUCAAGAAGGAGCUCAAAUCAGCUCCGAGUCAUUCACUCUUCUCCGUUUUGCGGAGGAGUUGAGUAAAACAAGAAAAGUAGGGGCCUUUAAGCAGUAUAUAGUAGGUAGAAGCAGUGAAGCGACAUUUGCUGAGGCUUUUGAGAAACAAGAAGCUGUAAUUCGAUGUCUUGGAGGGUUUGAUCCCACUGGUGAUAAUCUCCAACUCAGUCAUAAGAAAGAGGCAGCAAAACUCUGUAAUUGCACAAUUACUGAUGUUGAGAAUGCUCUGGCAAAGUUUACAUGGGCUAAAGAAGCACAAAGGAAGAUAGAAAGUUUACAAAAAGAAGGGAAGCCAAUGCCAAAGAGUCUUGCUGAGGUGCAAAAGCUGAUGGGAUCUACACCAUUAGAUAUUGCCAAGUCUAAUUUGGCCAAGAGUGGACAAAUAAGUAGGAAUGCCCUUUGCCCAUGUGGUUCUAAGAAGAGAUAUAAAUGGUGCUGCGGGAAGAAUUAAGGUGAUUGAAGACGUUUACAGCUCUUUAGAAGGUCCGUACUCUAACUAGCAUGAAAUGGAGAUUUUGAUAGAUGCCUGGAACUCCUAGAAUCAACUUUGAGAUUUCAGAUGGUUUUUCCUAAGCAGAUUUGUGACCAGAUGGUCAGAAUUGCUGAACCUUGAUUUGUUACUUCUCCUUUAUACUUUCAUUUGUAAUAAAGCUAGGUGAAGCAUGUUUGAGAAUAAAUUCUCAAUUGCCAGAUUUUUAAUUCUCAUUUUUUUUCAAUCAUCACGUGCCAUCUGUAUUUCUUCCACAUUGUGUGGCAACUCUCUUUUGGCAGUACCCGAGUUGUGGCACUACUGCAAUGAACCAGCCAAUUUUCCUGAAAAUGGCUUCACAAUUUGAUUUUAAGGUAUCUUUUUUCUAUGAAUGUUUAGCUAUUCAGUUUA